AGAGCCCGGUCGGUUUGUGGCAGCCAAGCUCCGGAGUUAGCAACUUAGUUUAUUUCCUGUAUAACACGUUGAUUCGAGUCUGGGACCAGAGACAUGAUCGUGUCCUCGGCAGCGGAGGAUCUCAUGCUGACGUCAGAUCUGCACUUUGUGUCCGGAGCUCGUUUCUGAAUGGGGAGUGGGAGCGUUAGCCGAGGCUAGCAUCACAAGCUAACCUGUCAGUGGACUGCUGUCGGUACCAUACGGGCCCACCAGGCUCCUGGACCCCGUAGCGGCUGAAGAUUGAUGCGCUGGACCGAGAAGCUGUUGCCAUGGGAACGACGACGAGCGAGCCAUGUAUCUACGACAAACUGUCCGAGAGCAUAGACAUCCUCCGGCAGUCGGGCUACCGCUACGGCAUGUCGGAGAGGGAGAUCGAGAGGUUCAUCAAGCAGGUGCUGGAGACCAACGAGCCCCGGAGAGAGCCCCCCCAGUUCCCCAUCCUCAGAGCCACCAUCAAGUUUGUGGUGGUAGUGGGCCUCCUGCUGGUGGCGGCGCUGGCCUUCACCUACCCUCAGACUUCCCCCCAGCUGGGUCUGGUCAACCUGGGCUGCUACAACUGGUCGUCGCCCCUCAGCCACGUGCGCCUGUUGUCUCUGCCCAUCGCCAAGAAGUACAACCUGCAAGGUUUCCAUGAAUGGUGGAGCGCCGGCUCGCUCCGGCACAGUCUGGUGAACUGUUCGGGCUGUGCAGAGAUCUCCUCUGUGCUGGAGGUCCCAGAAAGCCUGAGAGGGACGGUGAACCUGCGACGGGGGCCGCAGCUCGUCCUGCUGAAGGGGGGGGAGUCUCUCAGCGUCCAGCGACAGCAGCUGGAGGAGCUCUACUUGGCCCAUUCAGGGUCCAUGUCCAUUCUGCUGGAGGAGGAGGACGACCUGCAGAACCACAACUUCGGCCUCCCUCAGGGACCCGCCAACUUCACCCUGCUCUGGAGGUUCAGCUCUGGAACCAGGGAGAAGGUGUUGAGGUGGCUCUUCCCCAAGGCGGAGCUCUGUCCCCUGCUGGACAGUGCAGGAACCAUCCUGCAGCGGUGCCUAGUCACACACAGCACGAACUCCCAGAGCAAGGGCGUCCGGGUGCUGGGCUGGCUGGUGGUGGGGGAGGGGCUGCCCACUGUUCGAGUUCUGCCUGUUCAUCGCUGUCAGAAACACUGCAGCUCCUUCAACCUUUGGCUCACACCCGGAGACAUGGUGUACGCUGACCCUCGUUACUGGCAGAUGGAGCUUUUCCCCGGCCGAGGCCAGAACAUCAUCUGUGACGGAUCGACCUUUUAACUUCCGGUCGGAGCGAGGCGAAGGAGAACAGAGCUGAGGACCCGGGACACGCAGAUCAGCUGGGAAUGUUUGAGACUUCCUGUCGAGGCGUUUCGGAGCGCGUCACCUGUGUGGCCCCGCCCACUGAUGCCUUAUAACCCUCCUGUCUUUUACCCGUCUACUAAACCUAGGGGAACUCCUCAGUGAACUGGAAACCACCGCACACGACUUCAUUUAGGAAAAACUGCAUUUCCUACCUGUUUAAAGAGUGGAGGUCGGACGGUUCAUCCAUGUGAACGACACGUUAGUGAACUCUCUGCAUUAGCAGCUCUGAUGUCCUGCAUGUGCUUUUGCCAAAGCUUCAAGCAGAACUCAAGAAAAUAGGUGUUUCUCUUUUUCAGAAGGUGGUGGAUCACCUUUUAAAUCCCCAAGCUCAUCACUGAUCCGUCUGAUCUGCUGUCGUGUCCAUUCACAACCGUUUCCAGUUAAAAAAAUCAUCGAUCACAGCAUUGUAAGUGUGAUUGAGAAUGAGUAGAUGUCAUCUUUUUGUCUGUUAAGCUCUGCACCUGAACAGGUUGUUGGAAAUAACAAUGUCGACCGGACGGAUGAAAAAUAAUCACUUCUCCCAAACAGAGAAUAUCACGAGCACCAUGUCAGAUUUAAAAAACAUGUUCAGUUUGAUGGUCAAUGCAGCUGUUGUUAAGUUUCCAUCGUGUAUUUUCUAAUUUACUUUAUUCAGGAAGUUAAGAAUCACAUGGAGCUCAGUAAGAACCCUCAGCUCACUUUGUCCCUGGCCUCUAAGAAUUUAAUUAAAUUAAAUUAGUCUGAGCAUCAUGUUCAUUCACUCUGAACUUUCUGGGAAUUGAUUGAUUUUGGCAUCAGGAAUUUCUUAAUGACAUCUUAAAACAGAGAUGGAAAAGAGCAAGUCCUGCUGCAAUGAAAAAACUGCUUCCUGACGUUCUUGAGGUUUUCUUUAAACGUGUAAUUAAAGGAAAAGUAAGUUAGUAUUUUCAACAGAGAAAUCUGUAAUUAAGCUAUUCUAGUUUAAUUAUUAGUCAAUUAAUUAAUUAGCCAUUAAAGGACUAAUUUGUCUGAUAACAAGACUUAUGAGGGUGAACUGAACCUUUAACAACUUACAGCUCAAACUCACAACACGUCACAAACCCAGACAGAUUUUAUAGUUUAUUUUCCUCCCACAUGUUUAUCUGCUCAAGGUGUUUUUAAUUUGGAGAUUUUAUGGACAAAGUUGCUUAUCUUAUUUCAGUGUAAUUAUUUAUUGUUAUGAUUGUUUAUAUGUUGAAGCCAUUAACUAUAAUUAAUAAUGUGUUGUAAUAUUAUUAUACUUGUGAUUAUCAGGACUGAGGUUAACAGAUCAUCUCCAGCAGAUUCUGAGAAAUCAACAAUCCAUGAGGGAGCAGAAGAAAUAUUUUGUGCAUGAUCGGGGUUUUUCACGGUGUAGACAGGAGUCUAUUAUAAAAUCAGUUUGCCAAAGUAAAAGCCUGUCAAAUCUGAAUUUCAGUGUUUUAGAGACGCACGCCCUCGUGUUGUUCAAGUUUCCAGACGCCAGUUCUAAGAAAUCAGGGGGUGAAUCUCUAAAAUUGUUCGCUUUGCAUAGAAAUGUCCUAGUUUUAUGAGAAAAUUAAAAGUCGCUGUAUUUGCUUCCA